ACUCAUAAAUACAUAUGCACAACUAAAAAAUACAUAUUCUUCUAUUAUUAUGAAGUAGGUAAAAUAUUGCUACUUUUGCUAUAAGUUGUAAUUUUAAAGAAGUGUUGCUAUUUAUUGUAAUUAUAAUCUUAAGGAUGCUAGUUUCGGUAAUUUUUCUUUUUUCCCUAUUAGUUUAGCCCAAUUACUUCUGGCCCAAUUCAAGCCCAUUAUAACAGCAGGCACAACCCUAAAAGCCUUUUACCUCCUCUACCAAACUAUAAGCACUCGCUUAGAUCGCCGCAGUUCUCUGUCACCUAGGGUUUCUGCAACUGCAGCUUAAUGGGUAAGGGAACAGGAAGUUUUGGUAAGAGGAGGAACAAGACCCACACACUAUGUGUGAGGUGUGGAAGACGGAGUUUCCAUCUCCAGAAGAGUCGUUGCUCUGCUUGUGCUUACCCUGCUGCUCGUAAAAGGACAUACAACUGGAGUGUGAAGGCAAUCCGCAGAAAGACAACUGGAACUGGACGGAUGAGGUAUCUUCGUAAUGUUCCUCGCAGGUUCAAAACCAAUUUCAGAGAAGGUACUGAAGCAGCUCCAAGGAAGAAGGCAGCUGCUUCUGCUUGAGGUCUUUGAGACAGUUAUUUGAGAGCUGAGAGGCUAUUAGUUGUAGCUUCAUUUUGAUAUUUCAAUUGUUAGUGAAAUUUUGGGGAACCUUCUAUCUUGUGUUUAUUGCCCGUUGAAAGAUUAAUGUGCUUAAAAUUCUCGAAGUAUGUAUUCCAACUUGGCAUUUUUAUAAAAAAGGAUCUUGAGACUUCCAUCA